ACUCAGCAUGGAGCUAACGCUCCUUCUGCCACUGCUGGCCGCUCUCCAGAUUCUCCCCAGGCCAGUGCUCCCUGCAGGUGCCCCUGUGGCCCCAUCCCUGUCCCUGAACCCCCAGAAGCAGGAGUACUUCCCCGGAGACACUGUUGAAAUCAAGUGCUCUGCUCCUCCUUCGGUGGAUAGAGUUGAAGGAUUCCAGUACUACAGCGAUAUCGGAAAGGCCAUCUCAGUCCCAGCUUCAUCCAGGAAAAGCCACACUUACAGCAUAAACCUCGCCGGGCCUAAGGAUGGGGGGUCAUACCAGUGCGACUACUGGAUAGGCCAAGCCGGUGCUUGGAACAGGUCCAGCAGGAGUGAUGCUGUCCUCAUCAGAGUAAAAGACUUCCCUCCCUGGCCGGCGCUGAGUGUGGAUCCUCCAUCCGGAGCGGUGAGCGAAGGGCUCCCCCUGCUCAUCACCUGCAAGGGCCCCAGCAGUGCUGGCGAGCGGAGGUUUCACUUCUACAAGGAAGGAGCUGAGCUCGUCCCCGGGGACGUGGGGUCUGUGGUCAGCACAAAAGAGACCAGGACUGGAUCUAUGAUGCUCAGCAUCCCACGAGCUGGUCUCAACAGCACCGGGGAAUUCACCUGUGCGUACGAGGAGAACGUGAGCGGGAGGUGGAUUCUGUCCCUAAGGAGCUUGGCUGUGAAUGUUACCGUGACAGCCCACAGCUAUUACUGGGCCCGGGACCUCGCUGUGGGUGGGUCCUUCUUCACCAUCAAUGGCUUCAUCUUCCUCAUCUCCCACCUCUGCAUGAAGGGCAAAGGUUCCAAGGAGGAGCACACAAGCAGCUCAGAUCCAGUUCAAUCAGAUUAUUACUCUGUCCCGGUUCAGCUGGUCACUGGUCAGUCUGGUCAUUCUGCGACAGCCAAGGCAAACCACAUCUCCAGCCCCAUGCCCCAGUCCCGUGGGAAUGAGUACAUGGAAGAGAUCUGAAGGCUCAGAUACUGACUGUGAAUAUUCCUCCCCUGCUCACAGAUGGCUGGCCAGCUCCACAGCUCAACUGGCUUUAAGGGAGAAUGUUCUGCUCCUGAAAUACUACAGACAAACUGUGUGUCACUUUCUCUGCUACAAAACUGGGAGAAACCAGAUGGGUGUGUUUUGAAGAAAGAAAGAAAGAAAGAAAGAAAGAAAGAUUAUAUUCUCAUUUCUCCUCAGAUCUUCCUUCUCUAUGUAUAUUCAAAGCUGUAUGAAUCCCUGUAAAUUCCCCCAUCUCCAGCUUUUAAUUAAACCUUUUUUUAGCCC